UUCUCACGCGUUAGGGUAUCGGACUAUCUCUAACACGACCCCCGUCACUUUGUGUUCUGCCCCCGUUCCCCGGUCGCCUGUCGCCGCCGCCCGUUCGCUCCGUCUCAGCCGCCGUCGUCCAGGCUGACGGCGGAGCAAGUGGAAGGAGGAAGAAGAGCAGAGCUGAGCGCAGCCACCAGGAUUAGGGAGGCGGAGGCAUCCAAGAUUCCGGCGAUCUGAGGCGGACAUGGCCGGAGGUGGGAGGGAGGCGGAGGGCGGUGGCGCCCUCUACGUCCUUGCUCUUGCCGCCAUGGUGGCGCCCGCCCUCCUCGUGUCCCGCCUGGAAGCAGCUGUCCCGAGGAGAGCGCGCAGCCGCCUCCCUCGCGCUGUCCCGUCGGGCUGGUGGUCGAGCAGGAUCUCGUUCUUCCCCCCGCCUCCGCCGCAGCCGGACCAGUCGGAGGGGCAGGAGAAGAGCCCCGGCCCCCAGCGCCCGGCGGCGGCGGCCAAGGACCCGCCGGAGAAACAGAAAAAGAGGAAGAGCUACCCCCGCCCCCGCCCCGAUCCAGGCGCUGCUGGCGAGAGGCCGGCGAAGAGGCCCAAGAGGUGUCUCCACUGCAACGCGGCGGAGACCCCGCAGCGGAGGUCGGGGCCCAUGGGCCGGGGCACCCUCUGCAACGCCUGCGGUGUCUGGUACAACAAGACCGGGGCGCUGCCGGAGCUCGUCCCGGUGGAUCCGCCGGUGGAGAGCCCGAUCUCGGAGCCCGAGGAGCCGGGGGCCAUAUACCUGGUCAGGAGGUCGGCGGCGGAGAGGAGACCUCCCAGGACUGAAGCCCCGGCGCCUAGGCCGGCGGCGGUGAGGAGACCUCCCAGGGCUGAAGCCUCGCCUGUGCCUGUGCCGGCGCCUAGGCCGGCGGCGGUGAGGAGACCUCCCAGGGCUGAAGCCCCGCCUGUGCCUGUGCCGGCGCCUACGCCGGCGGCGGACAGGAGACCUCCCAGGACUGAAGCCCCGGCGCCUAGGCCGGCGACGAGCUGCUUGAACUGCGGGUCGUCGGAGCCACCAGAGUUGAGGGAAGGGCCGAUGGGGCGGAGGGAGGUCUGCACCGCCUGUGGCGAGCGGUAUAAGAAGGGUCGACGUCUGCCGGAGUGCCAGCCAGCGGUGAGGCCAGUCACUGAUUCCCCACCGCACAGUCCAAUCACCGCCAAUUCACCACCAGAUAGCCCGAUCUGGGAACCCGAGGCGCCAAGGUCGUCUGUGUGCCUAGCCAGGAAGUCGUCGAAGAAUGGGAAGACUCCGUGGAGGCCAAAGGACACAGGGAAGAGCUGCAUGCACUGCGGGUCGGUAAAGACGCCGCAGUGGAGGGAGGGACCGAUGGGGCGUGGCACGCUGUGCAAUGCUUGCGGCGUGCGGUACAAGCAAGGGAGGCUGCUGCCAGAGUACCGACCGAUGGCGAGCCCCACCUUCCUGCCGUCGCAGCACGCCAACCACCACCGCCAGGUGCUCCGGUUGCACAAACAGAAACCGCGAAGCAAUGACCAAGAACCAUCACAGCUACCACCAGGUACCAACGGCGUCAACCAGAAAUGGGAAAGCAAGGACCAGGAACCAUCACAGCUGCCACCGGCUACCCACAGCGUCACCAAACUGACGCCAAUCCGCGACAAACACCAGACCAACAUGCCAGAUUGCUCCUACAAAGAACCAGUCUGCGACGACCACCCGACCGACAUGCCAGGUUGCACCGAUGAAGAACCUGUUGAAGCACCAGGCUGCACCCACAACCCCCCGAUCGACGUGCCGAGGCCGAGCUCACUGGACUCGCUGCUGCUUGAUGGGCCGUCAGCGCCACUCAUCGUUGAGAGUGAUGAGUUUGCGAUUAGCUAGCCUAGGAGGAAUAGUUCAGCUGAAAUGACAAUAUUAAUUUUUUCCAAUUAUUUCUCUGAAUAUUGUUACCAUCUUUCUUUGUGCACAUAACAUCUGGUUAACCUUGGAUUUUUUUUGCUUGAACUUUGUUCCAUCCCUGAAACCCAUUGCACAAGCUCUAGCAGUAGAUCAAACCAACUCCUUCGUUUUAA